AUGACGCGUCUGCUACUACUGCCUGCGCUGGUCGCCGUCGGCGUCCGAGCCAGAAACAACUGGUCCUGGGGACCUGAUGAGUCUUCCAGAGCAGCCUCAUCCUCCUCCUCUCCGUCAGGCAGACGUCAAGUUCCCGGGUUCUUCCUCAACAGGCUCCCUGAGAGUACUUCCUGCACCAAGUUUGUCACUGACACCGUUUCCUCCAACACAGUCCUCUGUUGGUUCGAUAAGUUCCAUUCAAACAGGUGCUCCAAUACCUGUCUCGACAGCACCACUACGUGUAGCAUCUCCCGGGGCUGUGUCUCAGCGCCACUAGAAAUUGGCGUUCAGGAGCGAGGUGAGAGUCGAACGGGCAGGAGGGUGGGAGAUGGGCAGUCUGAGGGCAGGUUCCUGGGCAUCAAGAACAAGUUGUGUGAAGUCGGCCUCGGCUUUGACUGCAAGAAGGGCUACCACAAGGGAGGCAUCAGCCACCACGAUAUCUCGUACGUGCAGCCCGUGCAGGUGGUGCCUGUAGGAGGUCCUGUAGCUGCCGUGCCUAUCCACCAUGACAAGGGAUACGGCGCUCCACCACCCAGCUACGGCCCUCCUCCUCCCAUCUACCACCCUCCCCCUCCCGUCUACGCCCCACCACCACCCUCCUACGGCCCUCCACCACCCUCCUACGGCCCUCCCCCACCAGUGUAUGAGCCUCCCACCUCCAGCUAUAGUGAACCCUCAUAUGCCCCUCAUAAGGCUUCGUACGACCACCACCACGAGGGCCCCUCCGUCGUCAAGCACGUCCACACCCACCACCACCUCUAUAACGGUGGGGGCUCACAUGGUGGCUACGCUAAGGACAACACGUACAGCGGCACUCGCUCACACAGCUCUUUUGGCUCCGGCUCCUUUGGCUCCGGCUCCUUUGGCUCCGGCUCCUUUGGCUCCGGCUCCUUUGGCUCCGGCUCCUCCUUUGACAGCCUGGAGGACUUUAACAGUUUCGGAAGUGGUUCUAUAAACAAGGUCGGGAAGCCCCUCCUCCCUCCCAUCCCUCCCACUCCUCUCCGUCCCUCCUCAUCCUUCUUGGAGGACUGCCAGUGUGUCGAGUUCCAGUACUGCUCCUCCUUCGACAUCGUGGGUAGGUCCAGCAACGACCUUCAGCCCUUCAUUGACGCUCGUAACUUUAAAUCAGACAUCCUCUCAACAGCUACUGAAGAGAUUUCUGGUGAAAAUCAAGUCUUCUCCGCCUCUGAAGACCAACCUGUCGUGGUGCAGACCGAGGGAAACGAAAACAAAGACAAGAACACCGAGAGGAAGAAGAGAGACAUUAUGGUGUUCAAAGAGAUCAAGAGACCCAACAGAGACACUAUGGUGUUCCGUGAGAACAGUAGGGGAAGCGUCAGUCGUCCUGCCGCCUUGGCCACCAGUCGUCAAGGAGUUAACGCCUACAGGCCAGGUCUGAGUGGAUGUGCCUCCCACCAUGUGUGUUGUCGUCGCCCCGUGUUCCGCCAACAGCGGGAGAUCUCAUCCUGUGGCCGCCGCAACUCAGUAGGGUUGCUCGGCCGUGUCAAGACCGACAGCUUUGACCACGGCGACACAGAGUUCGGGGAGUAUCCAUGGCAGGCUGCCAUCCUGCGGCGUGAGACGGGGGAGAGUGUGUACGUGUGUGGCGCCGCCCUCAUAGACAGCCAACAUCUCGUCACUGCCGCCCACUGUGUCGCCGGGUUGACACCAUCAGAGCUGAAGGUCCGUGUGGGUGAGUGGGACGUGGGAGGCAACACAGAGUUCUACCGCCACGUUGAGAGCCAAGUGUUAGGGCUGUACCCCCACCCGGAGUUCUACGCCGGCAACCUCGUCAACGACAUCGCCAUCAUCAGGAUACAGACGCCUAUAGACUUCGUCACUAACCCCCACAUCGCGCCUGUGUGUAUGCCAGACCGCUUCUCCAGUUAUUCCCAACAGCGUUGUAAGGUGUCAGGGUGGGGUAAGGACGCCUUUGGUAAUCACGGCUCCUUCCAGCACCUACUGAAGGAGGUGGACCUCCCCGUCAUUGACCAACAGGUGUGCCAAACGGCUCUUCGCCAAACGAGGCUGGGCCAUGACUUCAGUCUGCACAGCGGCAUGAUGUGUGCAGGAGGGGAAGAGGGCAAGGAUGCCUGUGAGGGUGACGGAGGGAGCCCGCUGGUGUGUUUGGGUCGCGACGGGUCGGUGCAGCUGGCGGGGCUGGUGUCUUGGGGUAUUGGCUGUGGUCAGCGAGGUGUCCCCGGAGUGUACACCAGCAUCCCUUACUACCUGGACUGGAUCUCCACCAUCACCAGAAUAUAAAAAAACCACCGUCGGUCGUCCAGACACCCGACAGUCAACCAUUCGUAUAUGCCAAUCUGUUACUUAACGUCCAGUCGCCUCUUUACUUCCUGGUCACUUGCUGACGAGACUCGUUUUCUGUGAUUUGUUUUCUGUGACAUAACUCUGGGUAACUAUAUUAAACCCCAGCUUUUGUCCGUCCCUGCCUUGUUUACCAAAGUUGACGUCACCAUGAACGCAGAAGACACAUCGAGGGAUGAUUGUUAAUAACUAAUGUUUAGAAAAUUGAAUAACUUAUGUAUAACUGGGUGUGGCCUCUACUGGCUAGGGGCUGGAGGUGUUGUGUAACUAGUCUUUGUUUACCUAUUGUGGAUCACCUGAUGAAUGAUAAUUGUUUUGUAUUGAUCAUUGCGCAUUUAAUAUUGUUGAAUCUCUUGUUUUGUUUUGGCUCUCAAUGUCCUCCUUCAUACACUGCGACUUAACCUCAUUUAACGCAUAUAAUGUAACAUUAACACACAUCAAUUUUAUAGAACCAGAAAGUGAAUCUCAAGUUUAUUCUUUUAUGUAAUAUAAUUGUUAUUUUUGUAAUGUGUUUCGUUUUAUUUAAUGGCUUCAUCACACACACACACACACACACACACACACACACACACACACACACAUAUAUAUAUACCAGAAAACAUAAAAAGGUAAAUUGUAUGGCUGUAAACCGUGUUUGUAAGUAUAUCAAAGAAAAACGACCAUUAAUUUGUAUGUUUGUAAGUAAAGUGUGAUUCUAAGUACAGGUAUGUAAGAAACAAUCAUUAAUUUCUGUUCUGCAGGUAACAUUCACCCGCAGUAGAAAGUACUUAAUUAUAUGUACUGUUUCAUCUUUGUUUUAUAUUCGUUGAUCUUGAAGGUACAAUUACAUGUCUUCAGCCUGGGUAUCCCUGGCUGGAGUGCCCUGUAUGAAGCUCUUAUGCUCGCCCAAUCUAUAGUUAAUAAAAUAAAUUUACAAGAAUGUGAA